UUCUUCAAUUGCACCCGUGAAAUACAAACUUUAUUUAUGUAAAUAUUUCUUAACUUUGCAUGUAUUAAAUUGUUAUACGUAAAACAACAAUGUUCACAAGUUUGUUGAAUAAAAUAUCCUCAUGUUAAACAUACACAAGUACUCUAUAUUCACUGCCUGUAAUCUCAAUUUCAUCCAACCACAGAUCUUAUUUUUAAAAUGAAAAUCCUUCUCUUCAAAUCCACACAAGAAUCUCAACCCGACAAAUUCGAAUCGGCCCUAAUCUCAGCCACCCAUUUAAACGCCACACCACAAACCGUACCCGUGAUCACCUUCAAUUUCAUUAAUUUAGACCAACUCGGCCAAAAGCUGGAAUCUCAUGGAGAUUACACCGGUAUAAUUUUUUCAAGCCCUCGAUGCGUCUCUGCCGUGGAGAAAGCGAGCCAAUCUGAUCCUAAUCUUGUCCAAAUUUGGGGAACUAAACAAAUUUUUUGCGUGGGUCGAUCCACUGCAGAAUGUGCCUCAAAAUUGUUUAAUAACUCGCUAAAUAUCGUAACGAGUCGGGAUGAAAAUGCGGAAUCUUUGGGCCAUCAAAUUGUCCAAGAUUGUAAAAUGUCUGAAAAGAAAUCUCGCCUCCUCUACCCGUGUGGAAAUCUAAAGACUGGCACGAUUCAAAAUAUUUUAACGGCUUCAACAUCAAAUGUAGACACGGACACUGUUGUUGUGUACGAAACGGUAGAAAAUCCGCAGUUGGGACAAUUAAUGUCAAAUUUAAGUAUAGAAGAGGAUUCGCCCUUUGUAUUUUUUAGCCCAUCCGGUCUAAAUUAUGCGAUUCGUCAUGCUAAAGAAAUGAUUGUGUGUGAUCAUCGCCCCCUGAUCGCGAUUGGGGGGACGACGAAAGAUGCCCUGCUGAAAAUUGGAGGGGUAGUCGACUCAAAUGUCCUUCAGUGUGAAUCCCCUUCACCUGAAACAUUGGUUAAGUGCGUAGAGCUAAUUAUAGCGCGUAGGUAAUAUUUGAGUAAUUAAUUAAUUGUAUAAUAUUUUAUGCACAUAUUGUUUAAAGCCCUUAUUUAAUAAUUAGUUUAUCAUUUUUCACGGUCAUGGUUUUCGUAAAUUAUAUUUUUGAACGCUAAAGCCGGGUUUAGACUUCACGUUAUCGUCACGUUCUCCUCCCAAUCCGAUUUUUUGAUUGGCUAAUCAAAAAUAUCACUAAGACAAUUAAAAAUUUCGACCAAUCAAAAAAUCGGAUUGGAAGGAGAACGUGACGAUAACGUGAAGUCAAAACCCGGGGUAAUUUAGAAAAUGUAAUCCGUAAAAUUGUAUGUAAAAUUGUAAUCCGAUAAUUUUAUGGACAUAUUUACUUGCAGAAUGCUGUUUAUUCAUUAAUCUGAUUACGAUUAGAGAAAAAUCUGUAUUCAUUAUCUGCUAACAAUUGAGAAGUAUAUUAUUUUGACAUGCA